AUGGAAAAAAGAGGAUUUUCGGAAAAUCAUCCGGCAAUGUCUAGAAAACCUCUCGGUUUGACAUCUACCUGUCAUUUCGUGUUGAAUGGUUGCCAAAAGGACAAAGACUGCCGUUCAGCUUUGAUGCCGGUUUUAAGACAUUGCGAUAAAGUUAAUUGUCAUCAGGUAUCGUGCAGGGAAGCUCUUCAUAAUCUUUAUGAAAAUAUUAGUAUCGAAUGGCGAUUGGAAAUUGCUUAUUGCCUAUGCAGGAGAUCCGAUAAUCCAGAUGAUGAAUGUUUGGUGGCUCAGGAAAAAUUACAUCCUGUAUGCGCUCAAAGAGUCGAAGGUCCCACACCUGCUUGCCACAGCAUUGCUUUGACAUGCAACGAAGACAGAGAUUGCAGAAGCAGAUUAGAAGCAUUCGAACAAUCUUGUGCUGUUGAUAGCCUCACUAAAAAAUGUGCUGGCUCAACAAAUGACUGUCGCUUAGGUUUGGUAAGAAUUUUAGGUACCGAACUUAGAGAUAUAUGCGACUGCAAAGGCACAGAUUUUGCUCAAUUAUACGAAUGCCUCGGAUGGCAAAGAUUAUUAUGGUUUAAUCCAUGCGUAGUUCAAUCUCAAUUAGAUUAUUAUAACAAGAGAUCAGAAAUAUUACCAGCGGAAAUGUUAAGAUUUGGAAAUAUAGUUCCCGAGGGAAACAUUUUUUUUAAAAGGAACUUAAGUAAAGUGAUACAUGCCAACGAUUUGGCAUUCACUCCAAAUCUCGUACUUUCACCUUUCAGCAAUCGAGAAAGUAAUACCGUAGAUGAAAUAACUCAAGCACAUCAUUCCAUAACGGCCGUGUUGCCGAAAAAAAUCGAAAGAACUACAUUAAAAACGACAUCCACCGUCGUACCUCCUCCUGUUUUUAUAAAAACAACAAUGAAAACAACAACAAGUACGACCACAACAACAACAACAACUACGACAACGACGGCUGCGCCAACUACAACCACUACGACUACCACAACUACCACAACCACAACCCCUCCGACUACAACUCUUCCUCCAAAAUUUUGUCUGGUUGAAAGAGAAAAUCAACCCGCACAAUAUAUAGUUGAAGGAAAUGCAAAAAGACUCUAUAAAGACGAUGAACCUGAAUGUUCUGAAGUGUGCCAUUGUCAAAUUGGAGAACAUUUGGAAUGUCGCACUAUAUGCGUUAAAAGAGCAGCUUGUAAAUCAGAAUUUGCUUUUUACAAUCAUGCAGCUCCAGCCUAUCAGGCUUACAGGGGUCGAUGCAUAUGUUAUUCUGGAAAAUUUAUUUGCGUUAGACCUCAUCCAGGUCACUACACGAUUCCUCAUGGUAUUUUCAUGUUUUUGGGAUACAGUGAAGUUGACGAAACCCUUUUAAAACCUCAUAAUAAUUUAUCUGUGAUUGAUAUGGCAUCUACGCUCCAGCAAUUUUUAAUCCAGAUGCACAAUAAGGUAAAUUUUUACACGUUUUAA